AUGGAAAGUAAAGAAGAGGCAAAGGAAACUGUAGAGAAAGUAGUUGAUGCCAUAUUUGGCAAAGAUGAAGAAAAACCGGAAAACAAAGUGCCUGCAAACGAUGGUAAUCCAGAAACUGAAAAAAACGAAGAUGAAACACAAAAUAACCAAUCAGAAGUUCCUGCUAGCCAAAAUGAUGAAAAACCGCCGCCAAACCAGCAAGAAAUUCGUGAACAACAGUUAAAUGAGCAAAUUGCUCAACUAGAAGAACAAAAUAAAAUUUUCGAAGCUGAACUUGCACAAAAGAAAGCACUGAUACAAAAUGUUUCCUCAAUAUUCUAUAAAUUAAUCAGUAGUGGCGUUGAUUUAACGCGUUAUCCAGAAGUUGAGUAUGAUCUUUUAGAACAACGUCUUGGAUCUCCUGUUUUACCUCGCGAUCUUCAAUUAGAGCAAAACUUAGAUCCAAUAGUCUAUAAAAUAGUUAAAGAAGACCCAUAUUUCGAGGAUGUUUUGUCAAAUAACGAAUUUAUUGAUAAAUGCAUCAAAUUAUACGAUGAACAUCAGCAAUCAAAGAGUGAACUAAUGGAGACGCAAUCCAAGAGCCAAAUUCAUCAAUCGUCUACUUCUUCAAUUUCUACGUCACCUACAAAAGCCAAGACAGUUAUACAGGGAAGUACAAAAGAGUCUGAUCAGCAGGUUAAUUUUGCACGUGAUUUGAACGCUUUACUCGAUAUUAAAUUUAAAUUAAUUGACCAAAUCACUGAAAUUAAGAAAGCAAGAAAGGAACGCCUUGAGAAAGAGAAAGAAGCCGAAAAAUCAAAGACAAGAAAAGUAAUUCAGCUUAAGAUUCAUAAUUCGACGUCUUCUAUCGAAUAA